AAAACCCGGAUAUGACGGCGGUGCAGAAUCAUAACAGCUAAACUGUGACAGCUCGGCAGCGUCCUCAUAACAUGCGAUGGGAAGCGAUCCUGCAACCUUCAGGUUCAACGGACGUUAUCUAAGCCACAGCUCCAGGGGCCGGGGCGACGUUUCACCGAGCCGCGGAGGAAUGCUAACCCGAGGAAAGGGCUCGUUCGGUUAGGUUUGUCCCGUAGCUGCAGCCGCUGUUCCCCGGCUAACUGCUUAGCUGCCCCCCCUCCCCCGGCUAAUGGAAGCGGCUCCAUGGACGAUCUAUGGGCCGAACAUGACCAUAUAUAGACCGGCCGCAGAGCUCCCUCGCCGGUGAAAUGUAAACGGUGGCUCGCUGCGGAGAGGCUGACAAAGGGCACCCAGAGAAAACCCCCCAAACUCGGCUCGAGGUGGAAGGAGUGCGCCACUGGCACCAUGUCGUCCGAGCAGAUCAUCGCCAUCGUCAUGGAUGACAAAAUCUACGAGGUGAACAAGAAGAAGCUGAUCGAGAAGAGCGACUACUUCCGCGCCCUGUACAGCUCCGGGAUGCGGGAGUCCACGGAGGACUCGGUGCAGCUGCAGGGGCUCAGCGUCCCGGGCCUGGAGCUGGUCCUGGAGUUCAUCAACACCUCCAAGGUCCAGGUGGUCAACGAGACCCUGGAGGACCUGAUCGAGACCGCCUCCUUCCUGCAGGUCACCUCCAUCCUCAAGCUCCUGACCUCGGAGAUCCGCCUGGACAACUGCGUGGAGCUGUACAGCCUCUCCGAGGUCUACGGGACCCACGACCUGCGCAACGCCUGCCUCAAGUACAUGAGCUGCCACUACCACCCCAUGCUGAGGCGGCCCGAGUUCAGCCGCCUCCCCCCGGCCGUCAGGGAGGAGGUCAGGGAGAUGCGCAUGAAAGGCACCGCCACCCUCAUCGCCAUCGGAGACUUCACCUGUCUGUCCCUGGACGUGCCUUACCAGGACGAGACCUGGUCCAUGCUGAGGUACGGAGAAGUGGAGCAGCGGUGGAAGCCACUGGCCAACAACCUCCCUCCAGACAUGAUCAACGUCAGGGGCUACGGCUCGGCCGUGCUGGACAACUACCUGUUCAUCGUGGGCGGCUACAGGAUGACGAGUCAGGAGAUCUCUGCCGUGCACUGCUACAACCCCAGCAGGAACGAGUGGAACCAGGUGGCUCCGCUCAACCAGAAAAGGUCCAACUUCAAGCUGCUGGCGGUGCAAGGGAAGCUGUACGCUGUGGGGGGGCAGUCCCUGGGCACGGUGGAGUGUUACAGCCCGGAGCAGGACUGGUGGACCUGCUUGUCCUCGAUGCCCGACCCGCUGGCCGAGUUCUCCGCCUGUGAAUGCCAGGGGAUGAUCUACAUCAUGGGUGGAUACACUGCAAGAGACAGGAACACAAACGUCCUCCGUUACUGCCCCACCUCCGACACCUGGACGGUGUUCCGGUCGUGCUCCGCUCACAUCCGUAAGCAGCAGAUGCUCUCAGUGGAGGACACCAUCUACCUGGUGGGCGGCUACACCCACGAGCUGGAGGCGGGGCAGCGGCAGCGGCGUCCCAGCCAGACGGAGGACGUGCUGACGGUGCAGUCCUACAACAUCUCCACGGGGGAGUGGUUCCAUCUGAAGGAGAACACGUCCAAGUCGGGCCUGAACCUGACGUGCACGCUGCACAACGACGGCAUCUACAUCAUGAGCCGGGACGUGAGCCUGCCCACCAGCCUGGAGCACCGCGUCUUCCUGAAGUACAACAUCUUCUCCGACGCCUGGGAGGCCUUCAGGCGCUUCCCGGCUCUGGGACAGAACAUGCUGCUGUGCUCGCUUUACCUCCCCAACAUGCUAUGAUCCACGGGGACGAUGGGGGAAGACGUCGGUGAACAGACAGACAGAGGAGCCGCCGCAGCAUUAAUAUAGACCAGUGUGUGGCUUGCUUGUCAUUAACGGGAACAGUGUCUGGGUGUCAGGCGGAAAACCUUGUGACCACUGUGCCUCAAAAAGAAAAGAAAAGCACUACUACAUUGUACAUAACUGCUGUGGAUGCAAAAACUAAAGCUACAACAAGUGUGAAGAUGAUGAAGCGCCAUGGCCCCCGAAGGUCGACAGCAUCAGAACAGAUUGUGUGGCUCUCAUGUGUUAAAGUGAAGGUUGCAUUCAAAUCACAGAGAUGCUCGUCUGUUUCUCUGAAGACGAUUAUACAGAAGUGUUUGAAGAAGCUGCUCUGAAGUUAUUAACAGAAUCCUCCUGUUUCCUAAUUUACGACUUGUUCCUGAUUCAGGAGCCAGAUUAGGAAACAGAUAAAAAAUUUGGGAAUAAGCAUGAACCUGCAUAUAUGAGCAUAACAGCAGUUAGUGGUAUUCAACAAGCUUCUGUGUUUUUCAGAGAAACCGAUGGUUAUAAUUGGAAUUUCACACUAAUACAUGACUGGCCACAAACCGGGGCUUAUUAUAACAGCAUGCGUGAAAAAAAUCGAUUGGCCGCAGAACUCCUCAUGUUUACACUCCACAUAUGGUGUUGAUGUAAGUUUCCAUCCAUAAUUCACUACAGACCUUAAAAUAUCUUAGAAGCGAAACACAGGUAUUCCCUCGAUUGUGCUGCACAUGGGAGAUUAUCCCUAAAUAAUGGUUUUGGUUUUACACUGCCAGGUUUAUGGGGAUUGGAAGUUUCUUGAGUGGUGGCGUGUUAAGAGGCUCGGGGGGGUACGUCAUGUGUCGUACGUACACUCGCACACUUGUCUUAUUUCCUAGAGACACACCAUACAAAGCUUAAAGGGCAAUUCCAUGAAAUGGACGAUGCACAUGUGCCUUCUGCAAACUCAGUUAAGUCGAAACUUGAUACGAAAAAACAAACAAAAAAAAGCACAAAAUGCAAAAUUGUUAUGUCGCCAGCAACUGACCAAAACUGCUGUGUUUGUAUUUUACUUUCUGCUGAAGCAAGAUUUGUAAUCGAGGUACUUCUCAGUUCCUUGAAUAAAUAAUGUGUGUGUGUGUGCGUGUGUGUUUGUGUGCGUGUGAGAAGGUUUGCAAAAAUAAUCCGCAAAGUUAAUUUUAUUCCUUGAACUCGUCAGUUUGUGAAUGAAAGCUGCACUGAGAGCGUUUUGAUGGAUUUCAGCUUUUUUCUGCUUUAAUUAUCAGUUUGACCAUUUGGAUGAAUUGAGGUCACGAUAAUAAAGAUGAUGUUCAGGGUC